AUGAACCCAGAAGUGCUUGUUGGUGAGCCAGAGGAGGUCAUGUCUGAGCUUGUGGUAAUAGAUUUCAUGGUUGUGGAUUGCAAGCGCAAAGACUAUGCCAGGGUUCUAAGGCAGGCUAGGUAUCAGAGUGGUGCGUCUUGGUUUGCAAGAAUGCCAAUUCAAAAAGCGAUUCUGGUUUUCAGAUGGAAGAAUGUUAUAAAUUGUGGAUCAAGAAGGGUGGUUCGGAUAGUGUUCUUGCCUGUAGGGAAGGGUUUAGAUAUGGCUCAUGUAUCCUGCAGUGGAGGGAAUUCAGGGUCAAGCCAAGUAGAGAAGAAGAGAUGGAUCAAACAUUUUGAUCAACAAUCUGGGGAGGAACAUGUUAUCAGAAAGUAA